AUGGAGGAGUUCUCUGUGCUUCUCCACAGGGUGCGUACACCAUGGAAGGGGCUUCUUCUCACAGCCUCCAUUUUAGGCUUCUGGCACAUGUCCACUACUGCCCAUGAGACCACUGAGUCACUGCCACGCCAAGUCGUUGUAGGAGACAACGUUCUUUUGUUUGUCCACAAUCUGCCAAAGAAUCUUAUAGCCUUUGCCUGGUUCAAAGGGCUAACAAAUAUGACUCAAGGAAUUGCAGUAUAUACACUGCACAACAAUUUAAGUGCACCAGGGCCUGUGCACAGUAGUAGAGAGACAGUUUAUAGCAAUGGAUCCCUGCUGAUAGAAAAUGUCACCCAGAAAGACACAGGAAUCUAUACCCUACGAACCUAUAAUAGAAGAGGAAAAAUUGUAUCAACAACAUCUAUGUACCUCCAUGUGCACGCUUUCCUUUGGAAGUGUGGGCGCCUUGCUACCUCUUCCCAGCCCACCAUUGAACCAUUACCUCCAUGUGUUGCUGAAGGGAGAAGUGUUCUUCUACUUGUUCACAAUCCCCCAGAAAAUAUUGUAGGCUUUGUCUGGUUCAAAGGAAAGACUGUGUCCAAGAACAUUGUGGUUUCACAAUAUACACUAGGCAGGAAGUCAACUGUGUGGGGACCUGCAUAUGGUGGCAGAGAGACAUUGUACAGUGAUGGAUCCCUGCUGGUUCAUGGUGUCACUCAGAAAGACCACGGAUUUUACACCCUACGAAUUCUGAGGGCAGAUAUGAGAAGUGAAGAAGCACGGGUGCAACUUCAUGUCUACAGCUCCGUUUCACUGUUCUGUAAUGCUCUCAAUUCUUCCCAACUCAUGAUCCAGUCAGUGCCUCGGUAUGCUGCUGAAGGGAAAGAUGUGUUUCUACAAGUUCAUAAUCUUCCAGAAGAUGCAAAAGCCUUUUCCUGGUUCAAAUCAAUAUCUAGGACCCAUUUUCAAAAAAUUGUAGAGUACAGCAGAGUCAAUAAUUCCAUCACCUGGGAACCUGCACACAGAAGACAAGGGAUGGUGUUUGAAAAUGGAUCCCUGAUGCUCCAGGAUGUCACUGAGGAAGAUGCAGGAAUCUACACACUAGCAGUUUUAAACAAAGAUUUCAAAAUUGAAAGUGCAUAUGUGGAAUUUUAUGUGAAGA